GGGAUGGGCGGGAGCAGGUGUCGCGAGAGUUGGCGGCACGCCGCCCUGAGACUGUAAAUAACUAUGGCGAGCCCGGGCGCUGAGGCGGAGCAGGAGCCGCUGUUGGGCCACCGCACCCCCGGAAGCAGAGAUGUUGUAGAAACCGAAGAGCAUUAUAAAAGCCGAUGGAGAUCUAUUAGGAUUCUAUAUCUUACUAUGUUUCUCAGCAGUGUAGGGUUUUCUAUUGUGAUCAUGUCAAUAUGGCCAUAUCUCCAAAAGAUUGAUAAGACAGUCGAUGCAAGUUUUUUGGGCUGGGUUAUUGCUUCGUUUAGUCUUGGCCAAAUGGUAGCUUCACCUAUAUUUGGCUUAUGGUCUAAUCAUAGGCCAAGAAAAGAACCUCUCAUUGUCUCCAUCUUUAUUUCGGUGGCAGCCAACUGCCUUUAUGCAUAUGUCCACGUUCCAGCUUCUCAUAAUAAAUACUACAUGUUGGUUGCUCGUGGAUUGGUGGGAUUUGGAGCAGGAAAUGUAGCUGUUGUUAGAUCAUAUAUUGCUGGUGCUACUUCCCUUCAGGAAAGAACAAGUUCCAUGGCAAAUACAAGCACAUGUCAAGCAUUAGGCUUUAUUCUAGGUCCAGUUUUUCAGACUUGUUUUGCACUCAUUGGAGAAAAAGGUGUAACAUGGGAUGUGAUAAAGCUGCAGAUAAACAUGUACACAGCACCAGUUUUACUUGGCGCCUUCCUGGGAGUUUUAAAUAUUAUUCUGAUCCUUACUGUAUUAAGAGAACAUCGUGUGGAUGACUCAGGACAACAGUAUAAAAAUGUUAAUUUUGAAGAAGUAAAUACAGAUGAAGUUCAGUUUCCCCAAGGAAAUAUUGAUCAAGUUGCUGUUGUGGCCACCAAUAUUCUGUUCUUUGUGGUUCUAUUUAUCUUUGCCCUUUUUGAAACCAUCCUUACACCGUUAACUAUGGAUAUGUAUGCCUGGACUCAAGAACAAGCUGUAUUUUAUGAUGGAAUAAUACUUGCUGCCCUUGGAGUCGAGGCAGUUCUUGUUUUCAUGGGCGUUAAAAUACUUUCCAAGAAGAUUGGUGAGCGUGCUAUUCUCCUGGGAGGACUCAUCGUUGUGUGGAUUGGCUUCUUUAUCUUGUUACCUUGGGGAAAUCAGUAUCCCAAAAUUCAGUGGGAAGAUUUACAUAAUAACUCAAUCCCUAAUACCACAUUUGGGGAAAUUAUUAUUGGUCUUUGGAAAUCUCCCAGAGAAGAUCACAGUGAAGGACCAACUGGUUGUCCAAUUGAACAAGCGUGGUGCCUCUACACCCCAGUGAUCCACCUGGCCCAGUUCCUCAUAUCAGCUGUGCUUAUUGGGAUAGGCUAUCCAGCCUGCAAUGUCAUGUCCUAUACAUUAUAUUCAAAAAUUCUAGGACCAAAGCCUCAGGGUGUGUACAUGGGCUGGUUAACAGCUUCUGGCAGUGGAGCACGGAUUCUCGGGCCUGUAUUCAUCAGCCACGUGUAUAGUUACUGGGGACCACGAUGGGCAUUCAGCCUUGUAUGUGGGAUUGUCGUGCUCACCAUCACUCUCCUGGGAGUGGUUUACAAGAGACUCAUUGCGUUUUCUAUACGGUAUGGGAGGAUUCAAGAGAAAACUGGGUCAGAGUAGUAGAAAGUAAAUGCUGUAUGGUAUUUCCUAGUCUAAGACUCUGCUAAACACCUGCUGUGAGCCAGCCUCCAACAGUCAGGCUGCAGAUACUGCUUAUUUUGAGUAACAAGACCAGGUGUUGGAUAACAGGGAAUCUUACAGGUAACUGUGAAUAGUAGGAUAUAUAAAAGCAUUGUCUGUCAUAAUUUCUUUAUCUCAAAAAUGAAUUCUACUAAUACUUUUAUGGGCUUGCAUGAAUUCGUGAGUAAACAAUGGGCAAUAAAUGUGAAGUUAAAUUUAAUAAAAACUGCAUAGGUUUCAUUAAAAUAGUGAGAACCAGAAAGAGGGUUGUAUAUGAACUAGCUAUAGCAGAAUGAAGUUAUAUUCUCCUACCUAAAUAGGGGUAUUUUUAUUUUAUUUAAAAUACACUUUCUAUUAUCACGUUUCCAUGAUACAAAAAUCAAAACCCUUAAAAUUUCUAUUUAGCAUAACUACCAUCCUAUAUUGCCUUCCGUUAAGUCUUAAUUCCAAUACUGCACUUGAUUUCAGUUAUCUCACCCCUAAGUUAACAUGGGUAAGAAUAAUGUUGAUAUUUGACAAUAAAGAGGAUUAAGAGAUCAAGAUUUUACUACAUUUAGUAGAGCUAUUUUUUGCUUUCAAGUGCUAAUCAGUAAUUUAUUUAGAAACAUAAAGACAGACGUGUUAUUGCAUACCUAUUCUAAACAGUAAAUGAUUUCUUAAAAUCAUUAGUAUUUUUUAACUCCCUUAAACUCUGAAGAAAAGCUAUUUUUCCCAUCUCACACUAGUGGCAGGGAGGAACACAACAGUUUUCAGCUUGUCUAUGUAUAUGUAUAUUUAUUUAGAGCUGCUGAAUUUUUGUUGGAAUUUAAAUUUGGAUGGGUCCUAAUAGCUCCAAUCAGAAUAGUAAGUAUUUAAGGCAAAAUGACUUCAA